AUGAUACAAAAGCUCGACUUGGGUCGAUCCACUCUGCGACUCCGAGAUUCAAAGUUGCAGCUUCACCUGGCCGCAUCGGCUCAUUUCACCCAACCACCAAGCCAUGGAGCCCUUCAGAUACCAAUUAACCUCUCAGAAUUGUCUAAUCUAGAAAGUGUGUGGAUAACAGAGGCACCAGAGCUGGAGCUGCGCUUCUUCGUCGGGGGAAAUUGGGACGGGAAUAAAAUGACGGUAUUCGUCUCAAGACUGAGCAGCAAACUCUGUACUAUGGAGAUCUGGUCAGAUCUGGGAUUCUCAGUUGAGCUCAAGACGGGUGCAUGUGGAUAUUUCAUUGACACUUCUGGUUUCCACUGCAUCAAACUUGGUGUGCGCAGAGUGUGUCGAGUAUUGAACCACACAACGGGUCGGGCUUUGCCUAGUUCAAUGACCAAUCCCCCAAACGCGUGUCCUCCCCCUAGCGUACCGGUAGCUACCUUGGCUUCAAUUGACGUUCGGCUGGAGUAUCGUUUUCACGCUAGGGACAUAUCACAAUCCCAAGACUAUUCCAACUCGGGGAUUGGUCUUCUUGAGCAAGAACCAUCCGUUGGCGCCUGUUCUCGAGUGCUAGAUAGAAUGGCAGAAACCCCAACCUUACAUGCAACGCAUGACGAGGAUUCUUCUGAAGCUCUUGGACCCCAGACUGCUGGCAUAUCUGGAGAUGGAUCUGAUCCAUCAUGGGAAGAAAUAUUUCGACUGCUUGACCUUGGAAUUCGAAGACUGGUCAUUUCCAACUCAAUCAAAGAUCGCACAACCCUUGUCUCACAGCAGGGCACGAUCAAGAGCCUCGCAGGUAUCUUCCCCGCCGUGUUCAACCCUGCAUAUCGGGAUGCGAUCAACCAACGAGGAGUGACAAUUCCAAUAAUAACGAAAGCCAUAUCGUCUAUGUUAGCAGGAAACAAGGAUCAAUCCACCAAAGCUCAAUUAGCGGACUGUUUAGAGCUCAAUCGCUCCCACAGCACUAAUUAUUUGACAACGAAGCCUCAACUUCCAAGUUGCAGGACUGCAAUCCUCUCAUCACUUUGGCGUGUCGCCCAGAAAAAUUUCCCCAAGAUGAAACCAAUCAAACGACGAGCUUCGAUAUUCUCUACGGAGAGUUUAUCAAACGGAGUGACUAGGUCAGACGAGCCGGUGCGUCUCAUGUCUACAGUCCAACAAAAGCCCAACAACGGAAAUCCGGGACAGCAUCGUUCUUUCCAAACACAACACCACAACGAGAAUGAAGAAUGUGAUGUUUAUCUGUUGAAUAGUGAGGCUGAGGACCAGCUUUUGGACAAUUUCAGCGAGACAAGCUUCACGGACCUCGGGGAUUCUACUCAGACAUCCCUUAACACGUUGUUCUCAACAAUUGAGUCCUCUCAAACUUCAUACCAUGAUCAUGAUACUAUGCUUCUCUCGGAUCAUGCCGAAUUGGCGGAUUAUCCGGGAAACUAUGUGACAGAGUAUGAUCCUGGAGAAGAUAUGGAGACAUACGAUACGGACAUUAUAAUGGCUGAUGACCUUUAG